UAACUUGCGAAUAUUCAAUCGAACUCGGUGAUCUUAAUUGAAAGUGUCGAACUCGCUCGUUUAAUAUUGUUCGGUAAUCGACCAAAUUGUGGCUUAAUUUAAUGCCGGCGAUUAAAGUUGUGUAGGUGGUGGAGUGUUGUGACGGGAACAAUACCUAUAAGGAUAACCACUGUUGAUUUUCGUUGUUUAGACGUCACUGCAGGAAAGUUCUGGCGAUACAGAGUUGGACGUGUCUGCCAAAAUCCAGCAACUGCUGAACACGCUGAAGCGGCCUAAGCGUCGUCCAUUACCUGAGUUCUACGAAGACGACGACAUCGAGCUGGAGAUCGCGGCGAACCCCAAGGACCCCAAUGCCCCCAAGCCGGAGGGGGGCACCAUGACCCCCGCGGUGGGGGAACAGCUGGUGGUCCCCGCCGGACUGCCGAGGAACCUGGAGGCGGCCCUGCAGAGAUAUGGCACGGCGUCGUUCAAGGCCAACGCUGCGACGGUGCUUGAUCCAAAUGGGAAACUGAGCAGCUCGCUCACUUAUGGCAAGCUCCUUAGUCGCUCCCUGAAGAUCGCACACGCCAUCCUGAACAGGACCUUCACAACCAAGAGCAGCAGCGGUGGCCCCCUGAUUGGGGACAACUCCAUCAAGCCGGGAGACAGGGUGGCCCUGGUGUACCCCAACAAUGACCCCAUCAACUUCAUGUGCGCGUUCUAUGGCUGUCUCCAAGCGGGAGCCGUCCCGGUCCCCAUAGAGGUCCCAUUGACUAGAAGGGACGCUGGUCUCCAACAAGUUGGCUUCCUGCUGGGGUCUUGCGGCAUCCAGUAUGCUCUCACCUCUGACGCUUGCUUGAAAGGUCUGCCAAAGACGUCGUCCGGAGACGUGGUUUCCUUCCGUGGAUGGCCGUCCCUGCAGUGGGUCUCCACUGAGAAGCUGCCGCGUCCCCCGCGCGACUGGAUCCCGCCUCCGCGCCCCGCUGAAGACAGCCCGGCCCAUAUCGAGCACACAUCUGCCGCUGAUGGAUCUGCCAUGGGUGUCAUUGUUACCAGGGCAUCGAUGCUGGCGCACUGCCGCAUGCUUUCCGUGGCUUGCAACUACACAGAGGGCGAGCACAUGGUCUGCGUGCUGGACUUCAAGCGCGAGACCGGGCUGUGGCACGCGGUGCUGUCCAGCGUCCUCAAUGGGAUGCACGUCAUCUUCAUCCCCUACGCGCUGAUGAAAGUCAGCCCGGCCUCCUGGAUGCACAUGAUCACCAAAUACAGGGCGUCGGUGGCCAUCGUGAAGUCACGUGACCUCCACUGGGGGCUUCUGGCCACUCGUGACCACAAGGAGAUCGCGCUGGGCUCGCUGAGAAUGCUGCUGGUGGCUGAUGGAGCCAACCCCUGGUCGCUGUCAUCUUGUGACCAGUUCCUAUCAGUGUUCCAGAGCAAAGGUGUGCGCGGCGAUGCAAUCUGCCCAUGCGCAUGCAGCAGUGAAUCUCUGACAGUGUGCGUACGCCGCGCGGGGCGUGGCGGGUCUUCCGCGGGGCGUGGCGUGCUGUCCAUGUCGGGGCUUUCGUACGGCGUCGUCAGGGUGGACGCUGAGAAUUCGCUGACGUCAUUGACGCUGCAGGACUGCGGGCAGGUCAUGCCUUCGUGCGUAAUAGUGGUCGUGAAGAUGGAGGGUCCCGCAUUCCUCUGCAAGACCGACGAGGUUGGCGAGAUAUGCGUGCUCUCCGGAGCCACCGGGUCUGGCUACUGGGGCCUGCCAGGCCUCACCAACACCGUAUUUAGAGUAAGGCCGCUCGAUGCUGACGGCGACCCGAUAGGCGAGGAGCACUAUGUGAGGAGCGGAUUGUUGGGAUUCCUUGGGCCGGGUGGCCUGGUAUUCGUGUGCGGCUCCCGCGACGGCCUGAUGACAGUCACCGGCCGCAAACACAAUAUGGACGACAUAAUCGCCACCGUGCUAGCCGUGGAACCCAUGAAGUUCAUAUACAGGGGGCGCAUAGCCGUAUUCUCUGUGCGCGUGUUGCGGGACGAACGCAUUUGCAUCGUGGCGGAACAGAGACCCGACUGUGGCGAGGAAGAGUCGUUCCAAUGGAUGUCCCGGGUGCUCCAAGCUGUUGACUCCAUCCACCAAGUGGGAAUAUAUUGCCUGGCGCUGGUGCAGCCCAACUACUUGCCCAAGACGCCUCUAGGCGGGAUUCAUCUCAGCGAGUGCAAGCGCCGUUUCCUGGAAGGCACUCUACACCCGGCAAACGUCCUUAUGUGCCCGCAUACAUGCGUCACUAACCUGCCCAAACCAAGGGAGAUCCAUUCAGAUGUGGGCCCAGCCUCAGUGAUAGUCGGCAACCUGGUGCAAGGGAACCGACUGGCCUCGGCGCAGGGCCGCGAUAUGGGAUACACCGAUGACUCCGACGCUGCUAGGAAGUACCAGUUCAUAUCCCAAAUCCUUCGGUGGCGCGCUCAGAGUACAUCCGACCACGUGAUAUUCACGCUUCUCAACUCCAAAGGCGCCGUGGCCAAAGUUCUGACCUGCGCUGAGCUACACAAGAAAGCCGAGCGCAUCGGCAACCUCCUGCUAGAGAAGGGACGCGUGAAUACGGGAGACCACGUCGCGUUGAUCUUCCCCCCGGGACUCGAUCUCAUUUGCGCCUUCUACGGAUGCCUCUACGUCGGCGCGGUCCCGGUCACCAUCCGACCGCCGCACCCGCAGAACCUCCACACCACUCUCCCCACAGUCCGCAUGAUCGUCGACGUCAGCAAAGCCACUCUAGUCCUCUCCAACCAAUCUGUGAUAAAGCUCCUCCGAUCUAAAGAAGCGAGCAACGUUCUCGACAGCAAGGCGUGGCCGAUCACGCUGGACACAGACGACAUGCCCAAAAAGAAACUUCCCAUCCUGUACAGAGCGCCGACGGCUGAAAUGCUAGCGUAUUUGGACUUCAGCGUCUCCACAACCGGCAUGCUCGCCGGAAUCAAGAUGUCUCACGCGGCCGUCACAUCCCUCUGCCGCUCAAUGAAGAUCGCCUGCGAACUGUAUCCAUCCAGGCAUAUUGCGCUCUGUCUGGACCCAUACUGCGGCCUCGGAUUCGCUCUCUGGUGCCUGAGCAGCAUCUACUCAGGACACCACUCCAUCCUGAUCCCACCCUCCGAGGUAGAAAUCAACCCGGGCCUCUGGUUGAGCGCGGUCUCGCAGUACAAAGUCCGCGACACGUUCUGCUCGUACGGAGUCAUGGAGCUCUGCACAAAAGGCCUCGGAAGCUCGGUCAAUCAGCUCAAGUCGAAGGGAAUCAAUUUGGCUUGCGUGAGGACCUGCGUUGUAGUUGCUGAGGAGCGGCCGCGUAUCAACCUCACGAAUUCGUUCUCGAAACUGUUCUCAGCGCUGGGACUGAGUCCGCGAGCGGUAUCGACGUCGUUCGGAUGUCGCGUGAACAUCGCUAUCUGCCUCCAAGGUGCGUCUAGUCCGGAGCCGUCUACGGUUUACGUCGAUCUCAGGGCUUUACGGAACGACCGCGUAUCGCUGGUAGAACGCGGCAGCCCGCACUCGCUCUGCCUGAUGGAAUCUGGGAAACUGCUUCCCGGCGUAAAAGUGAUAACCGCGAACCCAGAAACUAAGGGGCAGUGCGGUGACUCCCAUUUGGGUGAAAUCUGGGUGCAGUCGCCUCACAACGCGAGUGGGUACUUCACGAUAUACGGCGACGAGAGCGACUACGCGGACCACUUUAGCGCUCAGUUGGUGACGGGUAACACCGGGGAGGUUUACGCUCGUACUGGCUACUUGGGUUUCCUGAGGAGGACGGAGAUCGCUGUGAGCAGUGGUGGGGAUGAGUCUCUCUUGCGGGACAGUGAUACUGAGUCUUUGGUGUCUGGUUGCGGGAGCGUGGGGGCGGCUGACACUCAUGACACGCACGACGCGGUGUUCGUGGUGGGGGCUCUCGACGAGACCAUCAUGCUCCGCGGCAUGAGAUACCAUCCCAUCGACAUCGAGAACUCCGUGAUGAGGUGCCACAAGAAGAUCGCUGAAUGCGCUGUGUUCACCUGGACCAAUCUGCUAGUAGUCGUGGUGGAGCUGGACGGCAACGACAGCGAGGCCCUCAACCUGGUCCCACUUGUCACCAACACGGUCCUCGAAGAACACCAUCUCAUCGUGGGAGUGGUGGUGGUGGUCGACCCGGGAGUGGUGCCGAUCAACUCUCGCGGGGAAAAACAACGCAUGCAUCUGCGAGACGGAUUCCUCUCGGACCAAAUCGACGCCAUCUACAUAGCUUAUAACAUGUAAGGCAGGCGGUCCGUGGCCGGCAGGGCACGGAGAAAACGCUAACCAGUUUGGGUUUUGGUGGUUUAGAUUGGUUUGUCGUGUGGUUUGAAGUGGUUUGCUAUCUCUUGAAUUUGGAAUAGUCUUCAUUGAUCCUUGAUGUGUGUCUGUAGCAUUAUACUAUCUUGUAGCUGACAAAUCAAAAGUACAUAAACCAUUCAUGGACAUUUUCGUCUAUGACUGACAUAACAAUUAUUGUGUAUACGUAAUUUAGAUUACUCAUGUAGAUUGAAUACUUUAUUAAAUCUGGUCUUUUAUGGCAGUAAGUAUAUGAAAGAGAUAGUGAAUGAACUUCAUCCCGAUCAAUUUAAUCAAAUUUUUAUGCAGCUUGAAAAAAAUCUUAUGGCCAGAGUAUUUUUGAAGAGUGCAAAUCAAAGAUCAAUAGGUAUGUGUAAUUAAAGGGCGAUUCGUUAUUUGUAUGGUCGUCGAUUGUAUCUCAGCAGAAAUCGACAAUGUCUUAAAGAUUUUGGUCGAGCUGUUUUCGAAUACGGUAAAGUUUUCAUGUUUACGAUAUUUACAUAAUAUAUUAUGACUCUGGCCCUCAACCAGAAUGUCCUAGUAAUUAAUAUAGCACCAAAAUUUCGAACCGCGUCCUCUAAUAUUUAGGCAAGCGCUUUCUGUGUAACCUUUGCACGGCAGUGUGAAUAAUGGCCACUAUAUUGAACCUUAUUGACAUUUUCUCGGUUGAAAACUAAUAGAAAUAUUAACUUCGUAUGCCGUAUGAAGGGUCGCCUGGCGUUAGCCGUGCCCGCGACCGCCCGGCCACUGCUCUCCUCAGAACCCACCAUUUUCCCAACGGUGGUAUUUUCUAUCGUAGGAUCCAUGUAUUAUAUUUCGACUGUCUUUUAGACUUUUGAUGAUUUUGUAUCUGCACUUUGUACUUCGAAUUUUUCCAUUAACAAAAGCUACUAAAAGAAAAUAUUCUUCGAUGAAUCGAAUGAACGAUUUAAGACUGUACGCUGAUUAUAAUUUAGCCUUGUUUUUAAUGCUAACAUCGGCAUUGCCCAGGCGAAGACUGAUUGAAGUCUGAAGUAGGCGUUGAUUUGUUACCUUAGUGAUGUUCCGAUUGCUCUGAUUGUAUGCGAGUUGUAGGAGACAUGACCACGGGCGGAGAUUGCUGCGAGUGAGUCGUGCGGCGCUACUGUCCUAAUCGCUUGACUUCAUGGUUUCUUUAGGCGACAACUACAAAAUCGAUAUAUCUCAAAACACCAAUAGAAAACUUAACUACUGACCUAAAUUGACAGAUGUUAACAUAAUUUGUUAUGAGAAUCUCACAUUCAAAAAGCAUUGUUAUUUACUAGCCUUCGAAACCCUGAUAUAUAGGCCUAUCGAAAUAUAUGACAUAUAUUUUACAUUGCUAAACAUUGUUUAGCUAUCGAAAGCUAAGAUCUUCUACAAAAAAUUACCGAUUUAUGGCCUCUAUACGUCUCUUUUGUUCAUGCCAGUAUAUUAGGGUGUGUGACGGGAAGAAUAGAGCUGAAUGUUGGUAAGUUUUGAGGGAAUUCAAAUCUGAAUUGAUAGAUUUUUUGACAUUUCGAUAUUAGUCGAUGAUCGAAUGGACGGUAGCGCUCGCGCCAAGCUGCGUCCGAGUCACAUGAGGACCAGCAGCUUGUAAUGUUUUUAUUAUACACAAUUAUAUUGUUGUGAUUUUAUGAAUCAAGUAAUUUCUAAUUCUAGUGCAUAUGUAAAUGUAUUACAAGAAGUAAUAUUAAACAUAGUGUUAGUUAUCUAAUAAAAUCAUUUGCAUUUAAUGUGUUGAUCAAAUGUUAGUUUUGUCAAAUUAAUUUUUAUCGUUGACAAUAAAAAAUUCAAACCGUUCGCUGAUAAUUUUACCGCUUAAUAUGUUAGACAGUUCGGUGUCCGACGUUUACAUUUUAGGAUUUUGAUCAAUAUGUAGAGUUAAUGGUUUUUAAAGAAUUUUACAAUAAUAUCACAUUUUUCCGAUAUGAAUAUCUCAGUGUUGAGUAGGGAGCACAAAUAUAUUCGGUGUUCUGGCAUUACAAUUAACAUUUCUCCGGUAAGUCUCUGGGGACACUUGGUGUUAGACUCCGUAGUGUUUACUAUUAGUAUUUACAUUCAAAUGUGACUGUUUGUUCUACUUUGCUGUGACACGGUAUAAACAAGUUAGGAGUUAUAAGGGAGUGUGGUCCGGCUGAAGUGUGGUACAUAAUUAGUUAAACACGCGGAAUAAAGUCAAUGGUAAUGAUAAACAAUAUAGUUUAACUUGCAUUUAAUACAUCGUGUAUCAUUGACAUUUCUACAACAGAGACAUGACGUAACGACCGAAACGUACCACACUUCAAUUUAAAAAGGUAUUUUUGUGAGCGUCUAAUACAGAGUUACUCGACCUUUUUAGAACAGAUAUAACUGAGGCGUUACUAAAACGGCGUACAAAAUCGUGGAAGCCGCAGGUUGAGUAAGACUGGUCUAAUUUUACCUGGUACCGAUUGCUCAUCUUAUGCUAUAGAUUUGAUCUUGACUAGUGCCAAAAUAUAGAUUAGACGCGCACAAAACUGGGCGUAGACAUCCAGUGAUAGACAUUGUGGACUAUUUAGCCAUGUAUACCAGUUUUGAUUAAUUAAAUAUAACUAAGUGUAACUAAUAUAUUACAGUGUUCUUUCAUGUUAAGCUCUUAUACGUUUCGUUACGGUAUUUGAUGAGGAAUCUGUGUUAAUUUAACGAUGUUUGUAAAAUGCGUUAGUACCGACAAUUUUGAGUUUUUGACCGUAUGUAUGCCAUGCUUAAUGCACGAAAUAUUGAUUCAAAAUGUACCUACACAACAUGAUAUAAAUACUGUUUGCAUCAAGUAUUUAUUAUAAUAAUAACGCUCCUUACAUUUUGGUUAUAGUUUGCUCUUUAUUGAUCUAAAUAUUUAUUAAUUGUUAUAUUAUCUUUUGUCACCAUGUCAACUUUCCUUAAUCAAUUAGUCCUGCUUUAAUGCAAAAUGCAUAUCCUAAUGUAUUGACAAAUUUGAGAAUUCCACAUUUUCAUAAUUUAAUGACGCACGUAUUAAAAUUAUGUUAUGUUGUUACUGUUACAUUUUUGAUAACAAAAUUUUAUGUUCCGGUGUUGGCAUUGAAAAACUACGGUGUAGAUAACCUACACUGAACUGUCCCACCAAACUCAUUGACAGGGAGGCGCCACCAUCGUUCAACUUAUAGUUUCCAACAUGGCAAAAAUCAGAGCCAGCGAUCCGGUAUUGACGGUGGCGCCCCCCUGUCAAUGUCACUGAUGGGACGGUUUGUUGUAGUUGGACAAUAUCUAUAAUGUGCAUUGGUACCAUUUAAGCCAUUAAAAUACACUUUCUUAUUUAUUUGAAUUUGUCAUUACGUCCUCAAGAUCCAUUCAACAUUGCGUGUGAUCCAGAGAUACAAUCGAUGGUUGCUGCAGUGUAAUUAAUUAUAUGUAAUACAUAAUUAUGUUAUAAUAUUCAUGCUUAUUCAAUCAUGAUUUUGUCAAUAUUUCAUUCCACAAAAUUUCAAUUAUAUGAACAUUUAUGGCAAAUUGAAUUUAUUGUCACCAUAUUAGAUUUCAUUAUUUACUAUUCUUUUAUUAUAUUUUGUAAUUAUUUAUUGCUAAAUUGUACAUAUUUUUGUUAUUUAAUUUUACGUUUAAUGAUUCUGUAUUAGCUAUAUCAAUGUUGUUUUGACGAUGCUGUAUCGAUAGAUUAGGUUAAGGUAUAAUGUGUAUCGUUAGCUGAUUUCAUAUUAAAUCGAUGUAUCAUUUAGUUCUUUAUAAAGUUUAAUUUGUAUGGUUAUUUCAAAAUGUAGUCAUCUUACUGGAUAAGUAUAUAAGUAGUGAAAUAAACUCAGUUUUCUGAACAAACAUUGUCUUAUUUGUAACCGUUAAUCGUGCAAGUCAUAAUGUGUGAGGUUUGCUAUAGGUCUUGGCACAGCGUUACUCACACGGGGGCUGAGGGUACCUUACGCUUAUUCGGUAUUUCUACUACUUUGAUCA